CCCAAGAACUAGAAGAUGUGCGAAAGCUAAAAGCUAAAAUCAGAGAUAUCCUAACACAGAAUAAUACUUCGAAGUUCGAAACGAGAGUUUACGAGUGCCCUUCAGUAGUGGAGUUACCGAGUUAGCCUCGGCUCAUCGCCUACAUUUGACUUGGUGGCCGAUGGAAACCACGACGGCAAUCUCUGCUUGCGCAAUGUGUUCACUUAUACUUCGAAGUGUCACCAGCUAGAUCCUGAAUAGCAGGAGCGAGAAUGGCUAACCAACGUAUGGAGCUUACUACGCCAGCAGUGACAUGGCAACCUCGCACGAUUUACCUCACCGCAUACAACGUCCUCUUCGCAUCGCUAUGGGCAUCGGUCUUCGUCCGAGCCGUCUCUAAUGCUCGAAUUGGCAAAUUCGAGCUCUUUGAUGCAACAGAACCAUAUGCGCGAUGGAUACAGACCGCUUCGUUGAUAGAAGUCUUACACGCGGCAUUUGGUGUCAUCAAAUCUCCAGUCAGCACAACCGCACUUCAAGUUGUUACACGCGUCAUACAGGUUUGGAUGGUGUGGUACAGCUUUCCGCAAAGCACAGCAACUUCGCAUGCUUAUCUUGCCUUGCUCCUUGCUUGGUCGGUCGCAGACACCAUCCGGUACCUGUAUCUUGCGGUCAACAUGCACGGGAAAGCUCCGAAAGGACUGGUAUGGCUUCGGUAUACCAUGUUCUACCCACUCUAUCCGGUCGGUAUCGGGGCUGAGUGGUGGUUACUGUACCGGUCUAUUGCCCCUGGAGCGAAGGUCAACCCAGUCAUACCACCCGUCUUUUACUUCUGCUUGAUACUGUAUAUUCCAGGUUCCUACACCAUGUACACCUACAUGAUCAAGCAAAGAAGGAAGACACUGGGUUCCAGACGCAAGGUCCAGUAAGCGCAUAGAUUUGGUUGC